CACGCACACGCACAAGCGCUAUUACUCUAAAUCUUCUGUCAUAGUAAUAGUAGUAGGCCCACUGCUUUUCUAGUGAUAAAUUUUGUGAUAAAUGCUUCUUAAUUUGUAGGUUAUGGCAAAAGAAACCCAGUACCAUCCAGAUGGUGGGAAUUAUGGACCUGGAAGUCUUAAGAGCUACCAAUGCCCAAAGGAGUGUACAAGGAGAUGUAGCCAGACUCAGUACCGUAAACCAUGCAUGUUUUACUGUCAAAAAUGCUGUGCCAAGUGCCUUUGUGUCCCUCCUGGCUACUAUGGCAACAAAACCAUGUGCCCUUGCUACAACAACUGGAAGACCAAGCGUGGAGGACCCAAAUGCCCUUGAUCAACUCUGUUGAUUUAUAAGACUAUUACUUAUUUUUUGCCCCCUCCUGAUGCAGCUUUAUCUGAUCUAGCAAUGCUAUUGUGUGUCCUAUAUAUCUAUAAGCUAUCUUCAUUUGAGCAGGUCAUGAAUUUUGAUGACCAAUUAUUUUCCCUAAAUACAAGAAUGGGAAUUAUAUAUGAUUUUGUAGAAUCAAAAGCAGAGCUACAGCACUGAUACAAUCUAUGGUCUUUAAAGUUGUAUCAUUAUGAUAUCAAUAAGAUAUAAUCAUAGUUAGCAAAAUUCACAGCACUCCGAGAAAACCCGAAAACGAAUUUCUUGAUCAAGUUUGAUGCAUGAACUUUUGGUAAAUGAAACUAUAUAUAAUUCAUUCAGCUGAAACUGCCAUUUAUGCAACAGAAACAAGAAAGCAAACAACCAAACAUGUUAGAGGAAACUCAAUAUGAGGCAAACUAAUGGUUGUGAAUAAUGAUAAAGAAAAUGUACCAUUGACAACUCGAAUGUGUUGGAAAAUUUUUAAAAUGAAGUGAAAGAAAGAUUAAGAAAUCCAUAAAGUAUGAAACAAGUGUAAAUUGUAUCUGCUGGACAACAAUGGACAGUUUUGUUUCAUAAGCAAUUAAAUAUUUUCAAUUGCCAAUGACUCCUAUUGAGUUUCAAGAGAGUUGAACUCAAUAAAUAGAAGAAUUGGUUGAACAAAUCGAACAUAAUUGAAAAGUUACAAUUCUUGAUUAAGUUCUCUGCAAAUAUAGAGAAGUAUGAAUCAUCGAUGAAAAAUUCUAUUCAAUGCACCAUAUGAUGUGGAGAUAAGGGAGAUUCGGUUUGGGAUAGGAGAGAGAGAGGAGAUAUUAGUUUGUAUGGCAUACUGAGUGUGAGCAUUGGAUCGUGCAUUAGGCUCAGGAUUCUCAGAAGAUUAAUUGAUUAUAGGCAGGGCAGUGUAAAUCAGAUAAAGCAGCAUUAUAGCAGAUCUAGCACUGCGAAAGCUAAGCUUAUUUUGUCCCUUGGGAUACGUUAGAAACAGGGUACUCUAGUUACUGCUAUUUUUUGUUUCAGUUUUUGGAAAAGGAAUGUAGUAAUUAGUAGCCAAGUCUUUUUCCCAAAAGAGAGGUCCAAUGUUCAGUUCUGCCUCAAUAUUGCAGGUGAUACGCCUUCCUGAAAUCGUCUCUUUGAUGCUAUUGUCAGCCAUUAUGUUCCUGUGAUUAUAAGUAACGAGAUUGAGCUACCAUCUGAAGAUGUCAUCGACUACUCAGAAUUUUCCAUAUUUGUUCGUGCAUCAGAUGCUGUAAAGAAGGGAUAUCUACUGAAUCUUCUUAGAGGAAUUAAGAGAGACCACUACCAGUGGACCAAGAUGUGGGAAAUUUUGAAGGAAAUUGUUCGUCACUUUCAGUAUUAUAGGUCCAUAUUGCUUCUGAGUACACAAAUUCCAUCGUUCAAUUGUUCAGAGAAACAAAAAUGAAAAAGUUCAUCAGCUUAUUCCUUUCAUUCUCUGAAAUUGAUGCACAAGCUGAAUUGAAAACCCAACAGCAUAGCACAACUGAGUAUAUAAAACAUUUUGUAUAGGCUAAGUUGGCUUGGAGCUCAUAAUUUGAAGUUUU